AUGAGCGAAACACCUUCAACUAGUUACUCAGUGAAUCAGCCAAACUCCUCUGACAGUGAACAGAGUUUAUCCACACGCCAUUUCAAUGUUACUGAACCUGUUGUGGCAAAACGGAUUUGCUUCUAUAAGAGUGGAGAUCCCCAGUUUAAUGGGAUCAAAAUGGUCGUUAAUAGCCGGUCUUACAAAACGUUUGAUUCCUUGCUGGAUAGUUUAUCCAAACGGGUCCCAUUACCUUUUGGAGUGAGGAACAUUAGUACACCAAGAGGCAGACACAGCAUCACCAAUUUGGAGGAUCUUGAAGAUGGAAAAUCUUAUAUUUGUUCCCAUCAGAGAAAAAUGAAGCCCAUCAACUUGGAACAGGCCAGCAAAAAGCCACUGCCCUGGCAGAUCAGCAGGCCUGUCAGUGCUCAUGGAUUUGGCCAUCGAGAAAGAAAAAUAAUAACUCCCAAAAAGAUGCUUGUUUUCAAAAAUGGAGAUGUAAGACUUAGGCGCACCAUAGUUUUGGGGAAGAAAAAUACACAAACAUUUGAGGCCUUUCUGGAUCAUAUGAGCGAGUUAAUGCAAUAUCCAGUUGCAAAACUAUAUACCACUGAUGGCAAAAAGGUUCCUAAUCUUCAGGCCCUGAUAUUGUGCUCUGGAGCUGUAGUCGCAGCAGGAAGAGAGCCUUUUAAGCCAAGCAAUUAUGAAACUCUUGGGUAUUUACGGCCUGCUAAAUUGCUUGGAAUUGGAAAUCGUGUGUACCCAAAAGCAAAUGCCAAGUCAGAAAGUGAAAAGAGUAAGAAAUGGAAUGUGUCAGUCCUCACCAGUGAUAUGCCAUCUUCAGGAACAAGCUCAAAGGUUUAUAUUACAUUGUAUGGGGAUCAAGGCAGUUCAGGUCCUAUUUUUCUUGAUGGAGACAAGGGAAAAUUAUUUCAGAGAGGCAAUGAAGACAUCUUCACAAUUAAUACUAGAAAUAUAGGACGCCUCUACAAAAUACGCAUAGGACAUACGAAUGCAGGAGAUUGCCCUGCCUGGCGCUGUGAAGAGGUGCAGCUGCUGAACCUUUCCUCAGGGGAGCAGUUUUCUUUCCCUGUACAUCGAUGGCUGGCCCAGGACCAGUCUGAUGGGGAAAUACCUGUGGAGCUUCCUGUUUUACAGCAGGGUCAGCCUAUCCUUCCAGUGACUGUCUAUGAAGUGCAUGUGACAACAGGGGACCUGUGGAAUGCUGGAACUGAGGCUGAUGUCUAUAUUUCUGUCUAUGGAGAAAGAGGUGAUACAGGAUCAAGACAGCUGCUCAGGUCACAGAAAUCCAAGAAAUUUUUGAAAGGACAAACUGACAUCUUUGCUGUUGAAGCCGUGCACCUUGGACAUUUGUACAAGAUUGUUAUAGGACACAAUGGUCUUGGAUCAGGAAAUGGAUGGUUUCUGGACAAAGUUGUAAUCAAGGAUCCAAUAACAGAUUUGGAUUAUACUUUUCUAUGUCACAGGUGGCUGGAUCAGGGGCAGGAUGAUGGCAAUGUUGCAAGAGAACUGGCUGUGACAGAUGCCAGCACACUUCCAGGAAGACAAGAGCUGGAACUCAAGAGAGAAGAAACUUGGGCUGCUGAGAAGUGGAAAUUUCAGAAAGGAAAUACGCUUCAAUUUUACAACAGGCUCACCCACGGCUUCAUUUGCCUCAACCCAGAUAGCAGAGUGGAUGCUCUUGGUGACAAGAAAAACAAAUAUGGUUUUUUUGAUGUAAAUGUCAAAAGGAGAAAUAUCUAUAUGUUCAGCAGUCAUCAGAUGCCAUGUCUUGCUCUCGCUCUUGUCAGUGGCCAUGUAACUGGAAAGAGUAAAGACAAGGCAUGCUGUAAGCUCCGUGUUCACCUUCAACCAAAUGGUUGUGCCAUUCUUGAGUCAGCCAGCUACCCAGGUCACAUUGUGACUUUCAAUCUUCAAGGCGAAGCAGCUGAUGAAACAACAGGAUAUGCUGGGAUUUCCAAAGAGUUUGUUGUGCAUGUCAAGGGUGUGUUUCAUCAUGGUGCCAUUAUUCUGCUCAACACAAGUCUCUACCAGGCUCUUUCCCUUAGACCUGAUGGGAGCUGCAGUGGAGCAGGUCAGAAGCAGCAGGAAUCCUACUGGAAGGUGCAUAAAAUUGGCUCUGGACUCUGCAUGUUUGAAAGUGUGAGAAAACCAAGAAUGUAUCUGAAGAUCAAAGAUGACCGGUGUGAUGGAACAGGCACAGGUGAUGAAUACUGUCACUUUAAAAUUGAGAAGAAUUUGGAAACUGGAUCUAUAAGUCUAGAAUCAGUGCAAAAUAAAGGGAUAUAUGUUGGUCUCCUGCCAGAUGGCCAAACUAAACCAGUCGUUAACACUGGAGAGAGAAAUAUUUUUUUCUACCCACAGGUCAUCAAAUUUGGCCGGGAAGAACCUAUGGGAACCUCUGCAGCACCCAAUCAAGAGAAGAAAGACUUCAGAGAAUCUCAGCUACAACCAGGAAAAGCCCAGAAGCUGGUAUCUCAAAGCCCUUCCACUCCCCCAUCCUCCAAGGAAAUGAGAAAUCCCCAAGGUGAUGAGCAUUCUUUUCCUUCAGAUGAUGAAUGGAAAGUGUCAAUACUGACAGGAAAUGCAGGAACUGAAGCGAAUGUUACUCUCUGGAUAUAUGGAGACAGAGGAGUAGCUGGACCAAUAACUCUUGGCGAGGACAACAGGAAGCAGCUGUUUCUUCCCAGGCAGGAAGAUAAAUUUCAGGUUGAAAUAAAAAGCAUUGGGAAAAUCUACAAGAUAAGAAUUGAACUUGAUGGAUUACCAAAUGAACAAUCAGAGUGGAACUUACAAAGGGUGACACUACAACAUCUAAAGAGCAAGAAAACACUGAAUUUUCCAGCAAACACACGGUUAUCAAAGAAUUGUGUUGGCAGAGGACUUCUCUGUGAACUUCCAGUAGUGGAAGCUGGAAAACCUAUAUAUCCAAUUGUUUUAUACCAUGUUUAUGUCUACACUGGUGACUUGGAGCAUGCUGAUACAGAUUCUGCAGUUUAUUUGUGUAUCUAUGGAGAAAGAGGAGAUUCUGGUCUAAGACUUCUGCAUAAAACUGGUAUGCCAGUGACAUUUCAGAGAAAAAUGGUCAAUGUUUUUGAAGUGGAAGCUGUAUCUCUUGGGAAGCUGCAGAAGGUGCUGUUGCGCUGUGAGGCCAAUACCAAGCCCCAGUACUGGUACUGUGAUAAAGUCGUCGUCAGAGAAGCCUCCAGCGACUCAGAAUAUGUUUUCAAUUGUGAAAGGUGGCUUCCAUUUAUGUCCCAAGGUAUAAUCCAAUCAGAAAUUGAGCUGCACCCUCAAGAGUUUAAAAAAAAUCAGCAUCUCAAAAUUCAAGAGGCAAAUGAAGGAGACUGGAAGAUUACUGUAGUCACUGGGGAUUUUGAAACAGCUGGCACAACAGCAACAGUAUCCCUUUACGCUUAUGGAGAGAACAAAGCUUCUGGUCCUAUUAUUUUGGGAUCUGGGAAACACCAGCUGUUUAAUCCCAGCAGUGAAGAUACAUUUAAGGUUAAUCUCGGAGAUCUUGGGCAGCUAUAUAAAAUCCGCAUUGGCCAUGACAACACUGGAGAUGAUCCCAGUUGGUACCUGAAGGAAGUCAAACUUGAAAGAGCAGUCCCUUGUUCUGAUGAAGAGAUUUGUCUCCCCAUAGAGUGCUGGCUUGCGGAAGACAAGGAUGAAGGUGAUACGUGGAGAGAAGUGGCAAUAAGAAACCCUGCAAAGGAGCUUUUGCCAUUGUUGGUGUAUGAGGUCCAUGUAUACACAGGUGCUGAACUUGGUGCUGAAACGUAUUCCAACGUUUAUAUCAACCUCAUUGGGACAAGAGGAGAUGCUGGCAAAAGGAAGCUCCACAGAUCUAAGAAUAAUAAUGUAAAAUUUCAACGUGGACAGAUGGAUAUUUUCUGCAUAAAGGCUGUCUCACUGGGUGACUUGGAGAAAGUUCUGAUUAGCCAUGAUGGAGCUGGUCCAGGCAAUGGAUGGUUCCUGGAUAAGAUUGUCAUCAAACAUAAAGAAGGAGAGGAAGCUCAGGAGGUUGUAUUUCCUUGUAAUAGAUGGUUAGAUGAAUGCCAAGAUGAUGGGAAAACUGAAAGGGAGCUAACUGCCAAUGAGGAUGGCAGUUCAAUGAAGGCGUUCCUCAAAGCACAACGGUGGAGAGUGCAGGUUAAAACAGAUGGAGAUUCCCCAGAGCCACAGGAGUGUAAAAGGACCCUUGUGAUUUAUGGCUCAAAGGGCAAAAGUGAUGAGCUUCUGCUUUCUCCACAAACCCCUGGCUAUGUGUGCUUUCUGCCCAGAGCAACUGAUGAAUUCACUGUUGAGACUGGAGAUCUGGGAGACGUAUACAAGAUUCGAGUCAGCUGUGAUGAUGUGCCAGGCUUUGAGGGUUGGCAUCUGAAGUCUUUUUGCUUAGAAGAGUUACACACAAAACAAGAGCUGAACUUUGACUGUAACUGCUGGCUCACUCUUAACAGAGAAGACAAGGAGCUGGUGAAAGAAUUCCCUGCAGUCACCAAGGACCAGAAAACUUUACCAGUCUGUAAGUAUGUUGUCUCUGUGCAUACUGGUGAUCGCUGGGGAGCAGAGACUUUUGCAAAUGUUUAUAUCACUCUCUAUGGCAAAAGAGGGGACACAGGUGUGAGGAAACUUCAUACAUCUUUAACAAAAGGAAGAAAAUUUCAAAGAAAUAAGGUGGAUUCAUUUUUGGUGGAAGCUGUUUCUCUGAGUCAUUUGCAAAAAGUGGUCAUAGGACAUGAUGGAGAAGGCUAUGGGGCAGGGAUGUACCUCAAGAUGGUAACAGUCAAAGAAUCACAAGAUUCAGACAAAGAAUGGGUCUUUCCAUUGUGGAAUUGGCUUGAUACUCAUUUGGGCUUAUGUGAGACUGUUUGUGAGAUUGUAACAAUUGGUAGAAGAUUGACUCUUAGUCCUAAACUGCCCGAAGUCAACACGAAAUCAUCAGGUCUCUGGACAAUGGUUAUCACUGGGUCUGACUUGAGCAAUGAGGAGGAUCCAAUACGCCUUUCUUUUAUCUUCUACGGCAAUCUGAGUUGCAAAAAGUUACCACUUCAAGUCACGGGGAAAGCAAUGCAGAUCAAAGAUGAACUGGCAGAUAUUGGUUCAAUAUACAAAGUUCAGGUAACUGGCCCACAUAGUGCUAAACAGCCAUGGCACUUAGAUUUACUGCAUAUGAAACACACAGGCACAAAGGAAGAGAUGUAUUUAGCUUUUGACUGCUGGUUCAACCCUAAGGGAAAAUGUGUGGAACUGCCAGCUCUCUAUGCAGAUCAGGAGCCUUUGCCCGUUGUGGAAUACACAAUCCGUUUGCACACGGGAGACUUGAAGAAAGCAGAUGCCACUGGUGAGGUUUAUCUUUGUAUACAAGGAGAAAAAAGUUACUCCGGGAAACGAUGGCUUAACUCGAAAAAGAGUCUGAUCACUUUGGCAAGAGGGCAGGUGGUAUUUCAAAAUCAAAUCAGUUUACCUUGGCCAGUGAAUCAAGUCUGGUUGGAUUUAAAGUCUAAAAACAGAUGCGUGGUUCUUGGAAAAAAUUGUUAUAAAGAAGAUUUCUACCUUUUUUCGUGCAUGUUUUUUGUUCACAAUGACUGGAUAAAUAACGCUCCAGGAAAGAUUUUGUAGAAGUGGCCAAUUCCAAC